AUGAAUGGAAAGGCAGGCUACAGGGCCACCGCAAAAGUGCAAGCUGAGUCAGCUGGCAAAGACCACGACAUUAUCCGGUGGGCUUUUGGGCUGCUUAUGGGGCGGCCCGUAGCAUCGUCGCCCGCAGGACUAACGGUCCCCACAAAAAGCCUGUACUUUUUGGUUUCUAUUCCCUUCAAACCAAUGGACAACAUUAGAAGAAAGGAGGUUACUGAGCCUUCAAUGGACAAUGAAUUGCAUGCAGAAGAGCAAGUGCCAUCUGGCCUCCUCACUGGCAUAACUUUCAACAUUCUAAGUGAGGAAGAUGCAGGGAAGACAUCAGCCAAAGUAAUUGAAGGAGUCAAUGAAGUGACAGAUCCUGCAUUGGGACUGCCUAAUCCAACUUCUCAGUGUCUUACAUGUGGUGCCAAAGAUGUGAGAACCUGUGAAGGUCACUUUGGAUUAUUCAAAUUUCCGUUCACGAUACUCGAUCCAUAUUACAUAUCAGAAGUUGCACUGAUCCUAAAUAAAAUCUGCCCGGGAUGUAAAUCCCUUCAGCAUGAUAAGGUCAAGAAUGCUGAUUCCACAUCUAUGCACCGUCGGCCUAUGAAUUGCAAAUAUUGUGAUGGAAGUUUAAGAGAUCUAUAUCCAACAAUGCGAUUUAAAGUUUCUUCUAACGAUAUGUUUGCAAAGACUGCAAUUAUAGCCGAAGUUAGAGAACAGUUGCCAAAGAAGUUCCGAAAUAAGAGUUUUGGAGGCGGUGUGGCUUCUGAUUAUUGGGAUAUUAUUCCGCAUGAUGGGCAGCAGGAUGAAAGUUUUUUGAAACCAAACAAAAGAGUUUUAUCGCACGCCCAGGUGUAUAACAUGUUGAAAGAUGUUGAUCCAAGGUUUCUUGAAAGGUUACUCAAAAGGAAAAAUUCAAUAUUUUUAAACUGUUUCCUUGUUACUCCCAAUUGUCAUCGUGUGACAGAACUAAGGCAGCAUAUGAUCUUUGAUGAACGCACAAGGGCUUAUAGAAAGCUGAUUGGCUUUAGAGGGACAGCCAAUGAGUUGAGUACCCGGGUCUUGGACUGCCUUAAAAUCUCCAAGAUACAUGCUGAAAAGUCACCGGCUAAAGAUUCGAGUUCCAAAAUGUCUGGUAUGAAGUUUGUCAAGGAACUUCUUCUUGGGAAGCGAAGUGAUCAUGCUUUCCGCAUGGUGGUUGUUGGUGACCCAAACAUAAAGCUGAGUGAAAUUGGUGUGCCCUGUCAUAUUGCAGAAAGGCUGCAAAUUUCUGAGCAGUUGAAUUCAUAUAACUGGCAUAAGCUAAACACUUGCUGUGAUUUGAGGAUUCUUGAAAAGGGUGAGGUUUUUGUUCGUAGAAGAGGUGGCCUAGUUCGUGUCAGAUUAAUGGAUGAGUUGCAGAUAGGGGAUACUGUUUUUAGGCCUCUCCAUGAUGGAGAUAUUGUGUUGAUAAAUAGGCCUCCAUCUAUUCAUCACCAUUCCCUUAUUGCCCUAUCUGUUAAAGUUCUUCCAAUUAAUUCAGUUCUCUCUAUCAACCCACUUAUUUGUUCUCCUUUUCGUGGAGAUUUUGAUGGUGACUGCCUUCAUGGUUAUGUUCCUCAGUCCAUGGACUCUAGAGUUGAGCUCCAUCAGCUCCUUGCUUUGAACAGGCAGUUGAUUAAUGGUCAAAGUGGUAGAAACCUUCUGUCACCAAGUCAUGAUAGUUUGACCGCAGCUCAUUUGGUUGUGGAGGAUGGGGUGCUCUUGAAUCUUUUCCAAAUGCAGCAGCUGCAAAUGUUUUGUCCUCAUCAGUUGCAAUUGCCUGCUGUUAUCAAAGCACCUUCACCAAAUAAUCAUUGCAAAGCAACAUCAUGUUGUUUGUGGACCGGGAAACAAUUAUUCAGCCUGCUCCUUCCUCCAGAUUUCAAUUAUUUGUUUCCAUCAAAUGGUGUACGUAUUAGCAAAGGGGAGCUUAUCUCUUCUUCUAGUGGGUCUUCUUGGCUACGCGACAGUGCUGGAAACCUUUUCCAUAGUCUUGUUAAACACUGCCAAGGUGAAGCUCUCGGUUUCCUGCAUGCUGCUCAGGAAGUUCUUUGUGAGUGGUUGUCAAUGAGGGGACUGAGUGUGUCAUUGUCCGACUUUUACCUCUCUUCUGAUUCGUACUCCCGAACAAAUAUGAUUGAUGAAGUGUCUUGUGGUUUGCAAGAAGCAGAACGGCUUUCUCAUAUCAGACUACUGAUGGUGAAUUAUAACCGGGAUUUUCUCAUUGGAAGUUUUGAAGAGUCUCAAAAUGCUGUAGAUUUUGGAGUGGAGCGCAUGUGUUAUGAGCAGCAGAAGUCAGCUGCAUUGGGACAAGCUUCUAUUUCUGCCUUUAAGCAGGUGUUCUGGGAUAUUCAAUACCUAGUCUAUCGAUACGCAAGCAAGGAGAAUUCUCUUCUGGCUAUGCUAAAGGCUGGAAGCAAGGGUAAUUUGAUGAAAUUAGUCCAGCAUGGGAUGUGUCUUGGUAUGCAGCACUCAUUGGUUCCAUUAUCUUUUAGCAUUCCCCACCAGCUUUCUUGUACGGCAUGGAAUAAUUACAAGACACCUGCCUUACUCCAUAAAACUCAAGAUGAUCCUGGAUGUGCUAAAUCUCACAUCCCAUGUGCUGUGAUUGAAAAUUCUUUCCUUACGGGCUUAAAUCCUCUGGAGUGUUUUGUCCAUUCAUUAACAAGUCGAGACAGUUCUUUUAGUGGCCAUGCUGACCUCUCUGGGACUUUGACCCGUAGGCUUAUGUAUUUCAUGCGUGAUUUAUACAUUGGAUAUGAUGGAACUGUAAGAAAUGCUUAUGGGAAUCAACUUGUUCAGUUUUAUUAUACUAUAGAGGAUACUUCCCCUCCGAGUAAUGGCAUGACUGGGAGCCUAAAUGGGAGUGCAUACAGUACUGGUGCAGUAGGGGGCCAUCCUGUUGGUUCAUUGGCUGCGUGUGCCAUUUCUGAAGCCGCAUACAGUGCUUUAGAUCAACCCAUCAGUCCUCUUGAAUCAUCACCUCUGUUAAAUUUAAAGAAAGUACUGGAAUGCGGUGUGAAAAACAGUAGGGGCGAUAAAACUGCUUCGCUCUAUUUGUCCAGGAAACUCCAAAGAUGGACCCAUGGUUUUGAAUAUGGGGCUUUAGAAGUGAAGAAUCAUUUGGAAAGGAUUCUAUUUUCAGACAUUGUUUCAACUGUCAUGAUAUUGUUCUCCCCCCAGACCGGUAGCCGCACACGAUUUAGUCCAUGGGUUUGCCAUUUUGACAUAUGCAAGGACCUUGCGAGGAGGAAAAGAAUUAAAGUGCAAUCUAUCAUCGAUGCACUCUACAGAAAGUGUAAUUGCAGUGGAGUAAAAUCUAAAAUCAAUCUUCCAGAUUUGCACAUAGUGAGCAAGAGUUGUUCAGUAGGUCAUGCGCAGAAAGGAAAUGAUGACACAAUUUGCAUCACAGUUGCAAUAGCUGAAAGUUCCAAGAAUUCAUCUCGACAGUUGGAUGUGCUUCGAGACAUUGUGAUACCAUACCUUCUCGGAACUGUUGUAAAAGGAUUCUCGGAUUUCAAGAAGGUGGACAUUUUAUGGAAAGAUCAGCAAAAUGUAUCAAAAUCUUACAGAAGUUCUCCGGGUGAACUCUAUUUGCGUGUUUUCAUGUCGGAGAGCUGCGUUAGAACAAGAUUCUGGAGUGUCCUUAGGUAUAGUUGCCUCCGAAUAAUGAACAUGAUUGACUGGGAACGCAGUCAUCCAGAUAAUAUUCAUGAUUUAACUUUAGCCUAUGGUAUAGAUGUUGCACGGAGGCAUUUUGUCAGUAGUUUGAAGACUGCAAUAUAUGAUACUGGCAAGACUAUUCUUCCAGAACAUCUGCAUCUUGCUGCAGAUUGUCUGUCAGCUACAGGAGAGUUUGUUGGUUUACAUGCCAAAGGGUUGGCACACCAAAGAAAGGACUUUUCUGUCUCUUCACCCUUCAUGCAAGCGUGUUUUUCUAGCCCAGGAGAUUGCUUGAUUAAAGCUGCCAAAAUGGGAGUUGUGGAUGAUCUUCAGGGUAGUGUAGAUGCAUUAUCAUGGGGAAAGAUUCCUUCUAUAGGGACUGGUGGACGUUUUGAUAUUAUUUAUUCUGGGAAGGGACACCAACUUGCUAAACCUGAAGAUAUCUAUAAUCUGUUGGGUAGCCAUGCCGGUUCUCAUGAACAACACAUCAAGGCUGAGGCAAAUAAUGAACUCAACAAUAUGUCAGGCAAACGUCUUGCUCAGCGUCUACGCACAUAUGGAGAUUUUGAUGCAAAAGGAUGUAAAAAUAUGAUAUCAAAGAAAAUAUUAAGAAGUUUUCUCUCGCUGAGGGACAUUCAGGGGCUGUCUCAGGCACUGAAGCAUAUGUUGCACAAGUAUGUUGACCUUCCUUUUUGCUAUGGAAAAGAUAAGAGAGGAACUAGUUUCAAGUGGCUUGGAAGACCUUCAAUCUUUAUUGACCUUGGUGACCAGGUCAUUGAAACCUUGAACAAGGUUGGAUACUGGUUGGGGUUAGCCUCGAAGAGUAUGGUUCAUACAAAAAAUGUGUUUAUGAGAAGUGAUUCUCAGUGGUUCGCAACAAUGAUAGCCAAUUUGUGGUGGUUGAGGUAUGCAAUUAAUCAUGAGUUAAGUGAGGUGGACAAGUCUAUCGUGAUGAUGGCUUUGUAUUUUCAUCCUCGAAGAAGUGAGAAGAUUGGAACUGGAGCUGAGGAAAUUAAGGUAGGGUAUCACUCUAAAUAUGAAAAUGUGCGCUGCUUUUUGUUGGUAAGAGCAGAUGGGACAGUCGAAGACUUCUCAUAUCACAAGUGUGUACAUCACGCUUUGGAGCUAAUCGCUCCUCAAAGGGCAAAGACCUAUCAGUCAAGGUGGUUACAUGAACCAAUUUGAUUGUGCAUAUAAAUCUUGGAAGUUUGAGGCCUGCUGUUAUAUUUAGAGAUGUGAGACAGGAGGAUACUGUAUUCGGGUCUUCAGUAACUCUGUAUGUUGUGCAGUAGCUCAAUGUAGUCCAUAAAGAAAGAUAAAACCCUACCCGAACGAUAUGACAUUGUUUUAUAACGGGUAAACAUCUUUUUCUUUUUUUUUUUUUAUUUUAAAUUUGAACCUUGUGCCUACAUUAAUUUAGGGAAGUGCAAUUCUUAUGCUUCUUUUUGCUGCUUCCACUGAAACUUGUUCGCCUCGUGGUUAUAGGCGAAGAAGGUUUAGUGGAAGUAGCAAAGAGAAGCUCUGAAGGCAAUCCCUCUCUUUGUGUUGUAUUAAUAUGUUUACCUUGCAAUGAAGUAUAGAC